AUGAAGUUCUACUACCAGGUCGUCACGACCCCGACGGCCGACACCCCCGGCACGGCCAUCUGCCUCCACUUCCCCGACAAGCGAUACUUUUUCGGUCAGCUAGCAGAAGGCACACAGCGUGCGUGCACAGAGCGGGGAGUGAAGCUUGCUCUCCUCUCUGAUGUGUUUGUUACUGGGCGGACGGAAUGGGCCAACACGGGAGGAUUGAUCGGAAUGAUCCUGACACUUGCUGAUACGGUGGUGACCUCGAACACGGCCAUUGAGGAGGAGAACAAGAAGAAGGCUAUUCGAAAAGCUGCGCGAGAGGCUAGUGAGGGCAAGGGAGGGUACACCGAUAGUAGACAACAUGGAAAGGCCUAUAUCGAGCGGGAUGGCGAAACUGUUCUCCAGAAGGGAAACCUGACAGUUCACGGGCCUAGAAACCUUACGCACACUUUGGCUACGGCCCGGCGUUUUGUGUUCCGCAAGGGCAUGCCAGUAUAUUUGAAAGAAUAUGAUUCUCAGAAUCUGGCCAAGCUAGUGUCUACUGGCGCCGAGGAUCCAUUCGAGACCCCCUCAUGGGCUGACUCGAACAUCAAGGUUUGGGCCCUCCCCAUCAAGCCCACCCCAUCGAGUCAGUUAAGCUCGAAAGUGCGGUCCCAGAGUCCACGCAAGCGCAGCUUGGAUGAGUUCCAGGAAUCCGUAGCAGAAGGACAUCUGGACCAGCGCACCAAGGACCAAAUGACGACGCAGUCUAUCGUGCAGGACAUGUUCAACUCAACAUGGAAGAUGGACACCCUGCACGAAACCCCACUGGCUGAGGUCAAGAUGCCCGCUGCCAUUUUUAUUCGCAACCCCGAGACCAAAGACCUCGAACAAUACAAGGGUCCUGUGCCGGGCGAUAAAGAACCGCUCCCCGACAUCAAUGUCCUUGUCCGCAAGCCGUGGCCCGGUGCAACUGUUGAGAGCCUCCCGCCCACUUCUCCCUCCAAGGAAGCGAUUAGCUAUAUCGUGCGGAGUUAUGAUAUCCGCGGAAAGUUCGACCCAAAGAAGGCCAAAGAACAUAACGUUGAGAUGGGUUUCAAAUUCGCUGCUCUGACAAAGGGCGAGAGCGUCCAGUCCAUGGAUGGUAAGACCGUCACCCCGGAGAUGGUCCUAGGUCCAACUCGAGUUGGAAAAGGCGUUGCUAUCAUGGACGUGCCUUCGCCCGAAUACGUUGAAGACCUGGUGAACCGGGCUGAGUGGAAGUCGCCGGCUGUAACAACCGAGUUGCAGGCUUUCAUCUGGAUCCUUGGCGCCGGAGUCGCCGAGCACCCUAAGUUCCAAGAAUUCGUCGCCAGCAUGUCCCACUGCAAGCACACCGUAUCUGGCACAGACCAAUGCCCGAACUAUCUGGCGAUGGGAAGCGCCGCUAGCUCAACUGUCCGACUUGCCCGUCUACAUCCAGAUAGUUAUGCGGCUCCUGUUUAUGAUAACGUUACUUUGCCCCAACCGGGUGCGCCAAAUGCCGGCUCAGAAUCCGCAAUCGCAGCCCGUCAGAACUCCCCUCUCGUUCCACUCGAUCCCGGAUUCAUUCUCGAUAUGGAGCCCAAUUUCGGCUUGAACAGGGAAGAAGUGAUGUCUCGCUUCGAUCCUGCAAAGGCUAUCGACAAGAUCCCUCGCUCGGUCGAGCAAAGAUUGAACUACAUUCGCAAGCACGUAUCGAAGCCUGACUUCCAGAAGAAGUUGCAGGCGCAACGGGCAGAAUGGCCCGGAGCGGAUGCAGAGAUCAUUGCAUUGGGCACUGGUUCUUCAGUUCCGUCCAAGUACCGUAACGUUUCCGCGACAUUGGUCAAGGUCCCUGGAUAUGGUUACUACCUGCUUGAUUGUGGCGAGAAUACGCUCGGCCAGAUGAAACGAGUAUUCGAGCCCGAGCAGCUCCGCGAAGUGCUUCAAAACAUGCGCAUGAUUUGGAUCAGCCAUUUGCACGCUGAUCAUCACCUUGGUACCGCAUCGGUAAUCAAGGCCUGGUACGAAGAGAACUUCAAGAGCGGAGUUGACUCGGCUGCACCCGAAACCGACAUCAAGAAGAUCCUCAAGGAGAAGCGCUUGGCGGUCGUGUCCGACGAUGCAAUGAUGUCCUGGUUGGAAGAGUACUCCCACGUCGAGGACUUCGGAUUCAACAAAAUUCUCACUCUCAGCGUGCACCCUGAUAAUGACGGCUCUCAACUCAUGACUAACUUUUCCCACCGACUACCCACCGGCCGUCGUGUUCAACUUUCCUACACGGACCAAUCAUGCCCCCUCACUCCCCUCCUGAAGUCCUCCACCGGCCUCGAAGAUCUUCUCACCUGCCGAGUAAAGCACUGCAGAGGCGCACUCGCCGUAUCCCUCGUAUUCCCCCACGGGUUCAAAGUUUCCUACUCCGGCGACUGCCGACCCUCCGAGAAAUUCGCCGCCAUUGGCCAAGGCUCCACAGUCCUAAUCCACGAAGCCACCUUCCAACCCGACAUGGUCGGCUCAGCAAUGGCCAAGCGCCACUCCACAUCCGCCGAAGCCAUCGAAAUCGGCCGUCGCAUGCAAGCGCGCUCCAUCCUCCUCACGCACUUCAGCCAACGCUACCAAAAAGUGGCCUUCUCCGAAAAGAACAACGGCGAAACGCCCAACCCGCGCGACGCAGCGGCCGUACAACCCGCCGACGCAGACAUCCCCUUCGACGACCCGCAAGACGAAACCACCAGCGCCCCUCUGUCCGACGACAUCGCCAUUCCAAGGUCCAGCUACCAAACCGGUGUAUACACCGGCCCUGUCGCUGGCGCAAUGGAUUACAUGCGGUUCAACGUUGGAGAGUUUGCUCUUGCGCAGGCGUAUGCGCCUGCCCUAGAGAAGCUAGUUGAGAUUAUGGAGCGGGCGACGCAUGAAGAGACCGAGCGUGUUAAGAAGAUCAGACAGGAUCAGGAAAAUGCUAAGAAGGCGAAGAAUAAUAAGAAGUUCGCUAAGCAUGCUGCUACUGCUACUGCUGUUGUUGUCGCGGCUGCGGCUACGGAGGCUGAGGAGGCCAAGGAGCCUUCUAGGUCUGUUUGGAGUGCUAGUGAGAGUGAGGAUGGGUGGGAGAUUAGUGAUGCUGAGUAG